AUCGCAGUAAGGUACUUAAUUGUUACCCAGAAAUGAUUUGAUAUUGAUAUAAAAACAUCUGCAUUGGGCCUUUAACUAAUUUGCUUUGCACUCUCAACAAAUAAAGUUUGAAUAGUCUUACUCAACACGGUUGCUGUGUAGUGUAUCUAGUGUAUCAACCAGAGUUUUCCAACUUGUCCUUUGUUUAAUCUUAUUCAGGAUCAGGACAGGGUGUUUUACUAGACUUCUUCCUCUUGCAGCGAACAAGGAUACAAAUAAAUAAUAUUUACAGUCUACAAAUAGCCCCGUUUGUCUGUGUCCGUUCCCCUUAGGCGAGUUGGAGCUGAUCUCGAAUGAGCCAAGAAGCCAGUGUCAGUUUAGUUGCUGAUCUAGAGUUGUAGCAUGGAGAACUCAACACUAUUAUACAAGGUGCUGCUGUUUAUUUUCUGUAUUGCCCAACACCAUAGACUAAGACUGCUACCUUGACCAGCUUUAGGUGCCACCAAUCAAAGUAUGUAUCGAAGUGUAUUAUUAGCUGACCUGACUUCCGUGGCUAGCGUUGCAUCAGACACUCUCAUUAACCGGAUCAAGGGAUUAGGCUAAUGUAUGUAGGACACAACCAUGCCAGUUCUAUUACUGUACACCUGCCUUGCAUACACAGACAGGGUCAUUCUAUGGAGAGACUGAGAGGGGGAUUCUCAACUCUGUCUCGGUUGGAAUUACGACAGAGAAUGUUACCAUCUACCUGAGGGGUCCUUGGGACACCACUCACUGCAGCUGUCCUGGAUCAGAACAGGCCGGGGUCUUCAGACGAUGUGUGUUUGAAAUGAGACCGUCAUAAAAGCUUGGAUCUUGGCCGUGAGGUGCUCAGAAGAUGAGGGUGCUGAUGGAGGACACCAACAUAUUCCCUCCUAAUGUAUCUGUCUACAGGUUGUCAGCCGAGGGGGAGACUGCCAUUGGUGUUUACUUGUUGAUACUAGGGUGGCUCUCCUGUCUAGGUAAUGGAGUGGUGAUUCUACUGUUGGUCAAGCAGAGACACAGUCUGGAGCCACAGGACUUCCUCACUCUCAAUCUGGCUGUGUCCGACGCUGGCGUCGCGAUCUUCGGCUACUCCAGAGGGAUACUGGAAGUCUUCAACUUGUUCAGGGACGACGGCCUGCUGAUCAAGACCAUCUGGACCUGCCAGGUGGACGGCUUCCUGAUCAUGCUCUUUGGGCUCAUCAGCAUCAACACACUGACAUCCAUCAGUGUCGUUCGCUACAUCAAAGGAUGCCAGCCCAGCUAUGCUCAUUAUAAUAACCACUGUAAUGUUGCCGUGGUGAUUGUGGCAGUGUGGCUGUGUGCCCUCUUCUGGGCUGGAGCGCCCCUGGUGGGCUGGGGGAGUUACACAGCUCGUAAGUAUGGGACGUGUGAGAUAGACUGGGUCCAGGCCAGGUUCUCUGUGUCGUACAGACUCUACGUCAUCCUCAUCUUCACCUUCAACUUUUUCAUCCCAUUCGUGGUCAUAUGGUUCUCCUACGUGUCCAUCAUCCGGACGGUCAACAACAGCCACAAGUCCAGCAGAGGGGGAGCGGUCAGCGAGAGAGAGAAACAGAUGGAGCGCAGUAUAACAACAGUGUCUCUGAUCCUGUGUUCAGCCUUCCUGCUGGCCUGGUCUCCCUACGCAGUCAUCUCCAUGUGGUCUGCCUGUGGUCACCAGGUGCCUCCUCUCCACAGCAUCCUGGCUAGCCUGUUUGCUAAGUCAGCCAGCUCCUACAACCCCUUCAUCUACCUGGGCCUGAACUCCAAGUUCAGACAAGACUUCAGAGCCCAGUUCCACUGCCUGCGCCACAAUCCGGACCUCUCCCACAGGCCAGACGAGGUGCAGAUUGACCUGGACAUUAUGGAGGUGAAUGGAGGGGUGGAUGACCUGGACUCUGGGGUAGAGCUGGGUAGUGAAAGGGGUGUGGAGGAGAGGGGGGAGAACCAGAGGAGUCCUCUUAUGCCCCCGAUGAUAGCCCCGGCUCCCAGUCAUCGCCUGUUCCUGAGGAAACUCAGUGACUCUGGGCGCCUGUGAGCUCUGUCUCUUUGUUUCUGUCUCUGUCCCUCUGUUUCUGUAUCUCCCUGUUUCUAUCUCUGUUGCUGUCCAUCUGUC